AUGGCUCUGAAAGUCCUUGCCCUUCAAUUACUAGCCUCAUUGGCUGCAUUCUUGCCUACAACCAGCCCCGCCAAUCUCAGUUAUCCGGCUGUCUUUAACUUCGGCGAUUCGAAUUCAGACACCGGAGGCCUCAAUGCAGGAAUUGCUUUUCCUAUUAAACGUUUCUGCAAUGGCUAUUUGAUCAUUGAUUACAUAAUGAAUGAAAUGGACCUACCAUUUCUGAAUCCAUACUUGGAUUCUGUUGGUGCACCAAGCUUCCAAACUGGAUGUAAUUUUGCAACAGGAGGGUCUACUGUUCUUCCAGCCAGUGCAGCCUCAAUAAGCCCCUUCUCCUUUGGAAUUCAGGUUGCUCAAUUUGGCAGAUUCAAGGCAAAAGCUCUUGAGUUACUAUCUAAAGACAAGAAGCUUCAAAAUGUCCUCCCUUUCGAAGAUAAUUUCAAGCAGGGCCUUUACACAUUCGAUGUGGGACAGAAUGAUCUUGAUGGUGCAUUUUCUUUAAAAUCAGAAGACCAAGUAGUUGCUUUAAUCCCAUCUAUUAUGACCGAAUUCGAGACCGGAAUUCAGAAACUAUACAAUCAGGGGGCUAGGAAUUUUUGGAUUCACAACACAGGUCCACUGGGAUGCCUACCAAGAAUUAUUGCAACAUUUGGGAAAAACCCAUCACAGCUUGACCAAUUUGGAUGCGUUGCUUCCCACAACCGUGCUGCUACUGCUUUCAAUGCCCAACUGCAUGAUCUUUGUUUCAAGUUUCAGAGAAAAUUCCCAGAAGCCAAUGUUACUUACAUCAACAUCUACAAAAUAAAGUUGGACCUCAUCACAAACUAUGCUCAAUAUGGAUUCAAACAAGGCAUAGCAGCUUGCUGUGGAUAUGGUGGUCUGCCAUUAAAUUUUGAUAAUCGGAUUAACUGUGGAGAAACCAAGAAUCUCAAUGGGACUUUGGUCACUGCAACACCAUGCAAUAAUCCAGAAGAAUAUGUGAAUUGGGACGGCAGCCAUUAUACUCGAGCUGCAAAUCAGUAUGUGUCAACCCAGAUAUUGACUGGAAAUUUCUCAGAGACACUUGACAUCUUCCAAUAUUGAAUGCAAAUUUUCUCAGAAACAAUAAAACAAGUCUCAAAAGUCAGCAAUGGCAGGCUACGUGUUCCAUUUUCUGAAACUCUGUCUCUAUAUAUCCAUGGGCUGUAGUUAGCUUAAUGGGAUGAAUUAAUGUGUGAGGAGGCAUGACGAAAUAAUUCUUGGUGUAACGAAUAUUUAUCUUUUUAAUACUGAAACUCGUCGAAGUUUA